AUGGCCAAAGCAACAAAAGCAAAGGCUCGUCCCGUUUCUGCUCGCUCUCGUGCCGCUCGCCGUGAAGCAUCACCAGGAAUCGACCUCGACAAGUCCAUUACUUCAGAAAAGACCACGAAAGAAUCUACAGACUACUAUCCCGGAGUUCACGAUGCCGGCAUUUCANAAAAGAAGAAGCAAAAGCCUAUGAGCCGCGCUCAGCGCAUGCGUAAAGAGAAGGGUUUGGAGCGCGCCGAAGCGAACAUGGACGUUCUGCACACAAAGAAGGCCAAGAGUUUCGUCAGAGCAAGAAGAAUCGACGACCGUAGAGUCAACUGGGAGACUCUCAACGACAAGACCAACCGCUUCGUCCAGCCUAAGGCUGCUAAGGGUUCGAAAGCUGUCGAUAUGGAUGCCAACUCGAGCGAUGAGGAACAUCCUGGCAGGCCGUCCGUCUUCGCUAUGCCUGGUGACGAAUGGGAAGACGAAGACGACCAAGUGGAGCAGACUAUGGAUGCACCGAACACUGCCGACCCUAUCAACAAUGCUGCCAACAAUGACGACGACGAUGAGAUCUUGUAG